CGGAAGUAAUAUGUAUUUCCUGUUUCGCUUGGCGGUGUCAAAUGUCACAACAGAGCAGCAGCAGUCAGCUGUGAAUCACUGAGUGCGGAUUUAACGCGGAUUAUUACAGAUAGACAUGGACCCGGAGGUGGAGGAGCAGGUGGAGAGGCUGCUGAGCGGUCAGGGGUCAGAGGUCACGGGGUGUGAUGUGGGCCUGGAGCAGAGCAAACCGGCCACUCUGAGGAAAACCGUCACCUACAUCGUGUGCGCCGUCAUCUUCAACGAGAAGGAGGAGGUGCUGAUGGUGCAGGAGGCGAAGCAGGACUGUUACAAACAGUGGUACCUGCCUGCAGGGAGGGUGGAGGUGGGGGAGAGCCUGGAGGAGGCGCUGAGGAGAGAGGUGAAGGAGGAGGCGGGGUUUGACUGUGAGCCAAUCACCUUGCUGCUGAUCCAGGAGCAGGGGCCGCAGUGGAUCCGCUUCAUCUUCCUCGCUAACGUCACAGGUGGGAGUCUGAAGGGUCUGCCGGCUGCGGAUAAGGAGUCUCUUCAGGCCUCCUGGUGGGACCGACAGCCCGUCCUCCCUCUGAGAGGGCGGGACAUCCUCCGACUCAUCGACUGCGGACUCAAGUACCGUCGGGAUCCCUGCCACCCCUUCACGUUACCUGUGGACCUGAGCUGCCGUCACGUGGUGCAGAGACUCGUCCUGGUCUUCAUGGGCCCUGAGAAGCAGAUCUGGGUCCUGCUCAUCAAAGCCCCGGUGCUCCACCUCCCCACGGCGGCGGCGGUGAAGACCCACGCGGUGACGUGGGCGGCCAACAUGGUGGUGCAGGACGCCAUGCCGCUGGCGUACCGCGACCACGACGUCAACACGCUGGGCGCCUUCAGCCUGCAGCACAACGGCCGCCAGCACGGGAAGACGGACGGCGUGUGCUUCAACACGCUGGUGGCGCUGGUGCCCGACCACGUCAGGCGCAACGAGGACGGGGAGAAGGUGGAGCGGGUGGGGGCGGGGCGGCCUCCGCCGGUGGAAAACCCCCGAUACGUCUGGCACCGAGUCCAGAAACCAACUCUGAGAGAGAAACUGCUGGAGAAGAGCAAGAACACCUCCAUCUUACCCAUCCACAGCCUUUACUGAGCAUGGAGGGGACUCUUAUUGUGAAAGGAACACGCUAACUGAUGUUUUUUAUGGACCACAGAGGGGACUCUUAUUGUGAAAGGAACACGCUAACUGAUGAGUCUUUACUGACCACAGAGAGGACUCUUAUUGUGAAAGGAACACGCUAACUAAUGUUUUUUAUAGACCAGAGAGAGGACUCUUAUUGUGAAAGGAACACACUAACUGAUGACUUUUUAUGGACCACAGAGGGGACUCUUAUUGUGAAAGGAACACGCUAACUGAUGGUUUUUAUGGACCACAGAGGGGACUCUUAUUUUGAAAGGAACACGCUAACUGAUGAGUCUUUACUGACCACAGAGAGGACUCUUAUUGUGAAAGGAACACGCUAACUGAUGUUUUUUAUGGACCACAGAGGGGACUCUUAUUGUGAAAGGAACACGCUAACUGAUAAGUCUUUACUGACACAAACACACAAACACACAACAACACAAACACACAAACACACAACAACACAAACACACAAACACACAAUAACACAACAACACAAACACACAACAA